UCGAGAAAGCCAAGUCAGCCUCAGCGUCAAGUCGAAACCCGAACUAAAAAGAUCGUGCAACCCCAUGAGCACGGCAACCCCGACAACCAGUCAGAUGAUGAAGAAGCUCCGAGGGAGGUGACUUCAAGCAUUGACAAGGCCGAUGCUGAUCCGCUUACUCUGGACAGCAUCUCACAAAAGCUUCCUGAUAACGAGUCCGAGUACAUCUGCGACAACCUCCCAUCUAGGGCUCAAGCUGACGUUGCCUCCCCCUUGGUCUCCAAGGAACUCAUCAUGACAAGCAUACUCGGCGUCCUCGACGACACCAGAGAGAGUAAAGAAUGUGACGAGCUUGCUCAUCCGUUGUCCGACAGAACCAACUUGAUUUUCCUGAAGGCCGUCGGGUGCAACUGCGGCGCGCUUUACUCUCCAAAGAGAAAGGUGGAGGAUACCUGA